AUGACACUCUUUUGUCCCAAAAAACACUGCUCGAGCACAUUCAAGUCCAAAGAGGAGCUAUUAGCCCACCAGGAGAAGUGUCACUCAGGGUCCAAUAUGACCCUUUCAAAAGCCGCUGCCGAGGAAGCACGAGGAAGGGAUGGUGCGAAAUCAAUGGCAGACGACUCUACGUACUUCCGCCCCAGGGAUGAGGAUAAGUCGGGUAUGGAAACUCCUUUCAACGAACAACAAAUAGUGGAUGUACCGAAAGAUCACUGCAACGCCUGUUCGAAUCCUUCGGCCAUAGAUCAGAAUGGUGUUCAGCACAGCGAAGCACCAACAUCGGCGGGCAAAAACCUGGCUAAAGAUAGAGAUGCGAAAGUUGCCGGAGAAAGAGUCGAACACGCACAACAUUCUCGCGAGUACAAGCUGCUACCCACCGGUAUGUGUCCGAGGACUUCUGAGACAGGAUUGAGGAUAAUGAGUAUGGAUUUGAGAAUUCUUGAGGAUGGUCUCAAGGAUUUGAGCUUGGAGGAACUCCUGGGACACUCUUCUUCUGAGCAAGAAAGUGAUGAUGGCGAAUCAAAUUACUCAUGGUAA